AUGGCAGCUCCAACGCGUCCUCCAGCCAACACCUUCGUCGCCAAGGCCCGCAAGGUCUACAACCCAAUUGGCUUCUCCAAAGGCUAUAACUUCAUCUUAUGGUUCAUCUUCGCUGGCGCCAUGUUUGGCUUCGCCCUCGCCCGAAUGAUGUUCCUUAAUUACAAUGGCAUUUACUGCAAUCCCAACAGCGCUGGUAACGGUGCGGGCCCAGGUGAAUGCUGGUCUUACAACAGAAGGGACCUUUACAAGAUCGGCGUCAAAAUGCAUCUAUAUACCAUCAUUCCGGCCUCGUUUCUUGUCGUCUUUCAAUUUGUUCCUUUCAUACGAUACAAAGCACUGCUGUUUCAUCGUAUGAAUGGAUAUAUCGUCGUUGUUCUAACUGUUAUCGGGACUGUCGGUGCCAUUAUUAUUGCACCCGUCGCCUUCGGAGGCUCACUUUCGGUUAGAGCCGCUGUAGGUCUCAUGUCGAUCAUGUUUCUUGGGUCACUCUUUUUGGCGAUAUGGAACAUCAAGACACUGCAGCUCGAGCAACAUCGCGCUUGGAUGCUUCGUGCAUGGUUCUACGCUGGCUCAAUUAUUACUUUGCGAAUAAUCAUGAUUAUCUCUGCCUUGGUCAUGUCCAAGACCCCGAGCUUCCGACUUCCAAUGCAAUGCGCCAAGGUUGCUUCCUUCUACGACGACACCGAGUCUCUGAUCGCCAAGUAUCCCACCUGUCAGGAUCUAAAUGCCUGGGUUGCCAUACAAGGUGACAUGUCAGGCGAGAGUACCGAGAACAUCGCAUCCGCUCUAUCGCUAGGGUUCUCCAUGGGCAUUUGGCUAGCACUAGCUAUCCACGCUAUCGGCAUUGAAGUCUAUCUUCACCUAACGCCCGCAGAGACCGAGCGUCUUCGGAGGAUCUCCUUCCAACGUCAACAAGAACGUGGUUUCAAGAACCCCGGAAGCAGCGGACUUACGUCCGACCGUCUGGGUGACGCCGAGACGUGGCGUCCCGGCACCGAUGCGACUGCGUAUUCGUCUAGCAAGGGGAGUGACAGUGACAUUUCGAAUGUUGCAGCGGCUUAG